GCCAGACAGACAGAGAAGGAGACAGACAGCCUGAAAAUUGGGACCACACAGGCACCACCAUCAUCAUCUCAACACUGAUCUGGAGGAGGGAGCAGCAUUGUGAGGAUCUGAGCUAAUCUCUGGUGAGGAACACAGACACAUUGGAAACAUGACCCUAGCAGCGUACAAAGAGAAGUUGAAAGAGCUCCCCCUGGUGUCUCUGUUCUGCUCCUGCAUCAACCCUCAGACCAUCGACUGUAAGCCCAUAUACAAAGCAGAAGAUGUGGUGGAUCUGAGCUGGUGUGUGAUAAAGGACGUGGAGGUGAUAGAGUUGAGCAAGCGUGCGUCGGGCCAGGCCUUCGAGGUCAUCCUGAAGCCCCCGUCGUUCGAUGGCGUGCCAGAGCUCAACGUUACCAUGCCCCAACGCAGGGAACUCUCCAUGGAGGAGAUCCAGAAUAAACUAGAGGCUGCAGAGGAGAGGAGGAAGUGCCAGGAGGCUGAGCUGCUGAAGCACCUGGCAGAGAAGAGAGAGCACGAGAGAGAGGUGAUCCAGAAGGCCUUUGAGGAGAACAACAACUUCAUCAAGAACGUCAAGGAGAAGCUGGAGCACAAAAUGGAGGCCAACAAGGAGAACAGAGAGGCUCUGCUGGCGGCCAUGUUGGAACGGCUGCAGGAGAAGGACAAACAUGCAGAAGAGGUGAGGAAAAAGGUACUAGCUUUGGCAGAUGUGGUGGAUCUGAGCUGGUGUGUGAUAAAGGACGUGGAGGUGAUAGAGUUGAACAAGCGUGCGUCGGGCCAGGCCUUCGAGGUCAUCCUGAAGCCCCCGUCGUUCGAUGGCGUCCCAGAGCUCAACGUUACCAUGCCCCAACGCAGGGAACUCUCCAUGGAGGAGAUCCAGAAUAAACUAGAGGCUGCAGAGGAGAGGAGGAAGUGCCAGGAGGCUGAGCUGCUGAAGCACCUGGCAGAGAAGAGAGAGCACGAGAGAGAGGUGAUCCAGAAGGCCUUUGAGGAGAACAACAACUUCAUCAAGAACGUCAAGGAGAAGCUGGAGCACAAAAUGGAGGCCAACAAGAAGAACAGAGAGGCUCUGCUGGCGGCCAUGUUGGAACGGCUGCAGGAGAAGGAAGAACACGCAUUAGAGGUGAGGAAGAAAAAAGAACUGAAGGAGGAGGCCUGCCGUUAGACGAGCGGAAAGAUAGAGGGAGAGAGAACAGAGGAGUGGUUUUGUGUCAUUAAAAAAAAAACAAGAGAUCAAGACAAUGAGGAAAAAAAAGGAAAACCAAAAGCUGCCCCAUCAGAGCGAUGAAGACAGGAGUUGAUGUACAGUACCAGUCAAAAGUUUGGACACAAAUAUUCAUUCAAGGUUUGUUUUUUUGUGGGGUUUUAUAAAACUAUUUUCUACAUUGUAGAAUAAUAGUGAAGAC